AUGGCACAGCCUGAAGCCCUCGAGUACGAUGUGAUCAUCGUUGGCGGUGGCACUUCAGGCUGCGUACUGGCAAACCGCCUGUCAGAAGACCCGAAUGUGUCAGUGCUCAUGCUGGAAGCUGGUGAGGACCGCAGCGACGAUGAGCGUGUCUUCGCUCCAGGUCUAGCAGGCAGCACCUGGGAUGACCCCCGAUUCGACUGGCAGUACGUCUCUGAACCAUCACCUGGCAUGAACGGCAGACGUAUCAAGCACCCUCGAGGGCGGGUCAUAGGCGGCACGAGCGCGAUCAACUCAUUUGCGAUCAUCUAUCCUUCAGCUGCGGGCAUUGAUGCUUGGGCGGAGCUUGGGAAUGAAGGUUGGGACUGGAACACCCUUGCGCCGUAUUUCCUCAAGUUUCAGACCAUUGUGCCGCCAAGUGAGGAUGUCAAGAAGCAGCUGAACAUCAUGCACAGUGAUGAAAGCAUCCGCAAGUCGAAUGGACCAAUUCAAUCGGCGUUCCCAUUACGAGUGACCGAAUUUCAGAAAACUUGGGUUGAUACCUUCCGCACUUUAGACCUGGAAAGCACCCGUGAUCCGUUGGACGGGCACGCCAUUGGCGGGCAUACAUCAACUUGCCACAUCACUGGAGACAGGCAUGAGCGCAGUCAUGCAGGUGUGGCAUAUCUGGAUCCAGUUCGAGAGCGAACAAACUUGGCGGUCAUCACAAACGCUUUGGUCCGCAAACUGGAUAUCGACAGAAGCAGUCCAGAACCCAUCGUCCGUGGUAUCGUGUACUCACAGGAUGGCGUCUCCCAUGGAGUUCGAGCUAAACGAGAAGUCAUACUUGCGGCAGGCGCCUUCAACACGCCGCAAAUCUUGGAGCUGUCUGGUAUUGGUAAUCCCAGUCUUCUUGAACAGCACGGCAUUGAUGUCGUCCACGCCAACCCGGCUGUCGGAGAGAACUUGCAAGACCACAUACGGCCGGGGGUCUCAUUCGAGCUGACCGACGACGCUCCGCCGCGGACGACAAUGCCUGUUGACAAGGCUCGCAGACUAUACGAGGAGAAUCGAUCCGGGCCUUGGGCGGAACAGGGUGCCUUCGCCUUUUCAUACACCCCACUUGUGCCUUUCUUGGAUCCACAAGGGAACGAAAAGCUGACGAGUCUGCUCGACCAGCAUUUGAAGGACGGUGAGGGCUGGUCGCCAUUCAUACGCAAGCGCAACGCUUUCAUUCGAAACGUCAUUGAGUCUCCCAACGAAGCAACCGCUGUAACGUUCCUAAGUCGGAAACCAUUCUUCGACUCUGACAAAGGCAAUUUUAUCAGCUUCUGCACCAUGUUGUCUCAUCCUUUCUCCGCCGGAACUGUCCACAUCACCUCUGCAGAUUCUCAAGUUAAGCCAAAGGUCGAUUUCAAUUACUACUCGCACCCCCUCGAUGUGGAGAUACAUGCUCGACAUGUCCAGGUGCUGGACAAACUUGCGAAGACAGAACCCUUAGCGUCGUACAUCAAACCCGGCGGGAGAAGGCUUCCAGAGGAGUAUCCUGCGGACACGAUCGACAGUGCGAAAGAGUUGGCGCGAGCUUAUGCAACGACAAACUAUCAUCCAUGUGGCACAUGCUCCUUGGGUGAGGUGGUGGAUACUCGUCUGAACGUGAAAGGCGUCCGGAAUCUGAGGGUUGUUGAUGCGAGCAUUAUGCCCAUUAUACCAAGAGGUAACAUCAUAGCAACGGUGUAUGCAGUCGCCGAGCGUGCUGCCGAUAUCAUUAGCGAGGAUCUGGGCAUUCUGAGACGUACGUAG